AUGCUGAAGAUGAUGAUGAUGACCGGACGAAACGACGUCGCUAAUGGAGUGAGGAAGGAAGAAGAAGCCAUCGACGACUGUUUCUACGAGUCUCUGGAUCGCAUUCUCUCUUCCUGCUCUUGUUCAACUUCCAACUCCGAUUACGACUCCGACCCCAAUAUCUCCGAUUCGAUACACAACCCGAAUCCGUUUCCGCUUCCCUCCGGAUUCGAGAUUUGGAAAUCCGAGCCUGAAUCAGUGUCGGAGAGACGAAUCAAGCUCUUGCGUGGAUUGGGGCUCAGCAACGAGCCGGAUCUCCCUCCGGCGACCCAGCUCCGGCCUAAGAGCUGUCGAAAACGGAUUUGCAGCUCUCAUUUCGCUAGAUCGGUUUCGUCUGACGUCAUCAUCUCAAAGCGUCACGGUAAAUGCGUAGCCGGUGUAAACGGCGGCGUAUCUUCGCUGCUGAGAUCUCGCUCGCCGGUAAACGGUACGCAAAACAAUGUGCUUGCUGGAGUUGUUGAUGAUUUCAUUAGCAAAGAGCCGAGUGAGACUUCUCUUAGAGACAUUGUAGAGAAACAAAGCUUAAACAAUGCACUUCACGGGAAUCGCAGAGAUGUUGAUUUGGUGGAGCAAAUGUGCACAAUUAGGAAUCUAGAUACAGGCGAAGAGUUUGUAGUGAAUGAAGUCCGAGAAGAUGGAAUGUUGGAGAAUCUGAAGGAGGUGGGUACUGAUGUACAAUUGACUGUGGAAGAGUUUGAGAUGCGUUUUGGGACAUCUCCGAUCGCGCUCGAGCUAAUGAGGAGGCAAAAUGUUUGUAAAGACUCUGUGGAUUUGGAAACCAGCGUAAGUGGAAGCAAAGUGACUAAGCAUAGACGGAGAGGGAGUUGGCUAAAGAGUAUAAAGAGUGUUGCUAGUAGUGUGACAGGUCACAAAGAGCGACGAAGCACAGACGAUGGGGACUCACCGUCGGAGAGAGGAGGAGGACAUAGGUUUAGCUCUGCAACUGAUGAUAGCCGAGAUACGUCGUUUCACGGCCCGGAGAGAGUUAAGGUUAGGCAGUAUGGGAAGUCAUGUAAAGAGCUCACAGGGGUUUUCAAGAGCCAAGAGAUUCAAGCUCAUAAAGGGUCGAUUUGGAGCAUUAAGUUUAGUUUGGAUGGGAGGUUUCUUGCUAGUGCUGGUGAGGAUUGUGUGAUUCAUGUUUGGGAGGUUGUUGAGUCGGAGAGAAAAGGGGAGCUUUUGUCGAUGGAUAAAGAAGAAGACGAUGGAAGCGUAAAUUUGUUACUUUUGGGGGAUGGAUCACCAGAGCCAGCUUCAAUGUCUCCAAGGAGAAGAGGGAGAGCAUCUUUUAGUCGAAAAUCAGUGAGCUUGGAGAAUGUUCUGGUUCCGAAAACAGUCUUUGGUCUUUCGGAGAGUCCCGUGUGUUCGUUUGUAGGGCAUUCGGAUGAUGUGCUUGACCUUUCGUGGUCGAAAUCUCAGCAACUGCUUUCCUCUUCAAUGGACAAGACUGUUCGUCUAUGGGAUUUAUCUAGCAAGACAUGUUUGAAAGUCUUCUCACAUAGUGACUAUGUGACUUGCAUCCAGUUUAAUCCAGUGGACGAAAAUUACUUCAUCAGUGGGUCGUUGGAUGCAAAGGUUCGCAUAUGGAGCAUUCCUGAUCAUCAAGUUGUUGACUGGAAUGAUCUUCAUGAAAUGGUCACAGCUGCCUGUUAUACACCGGAUGGUCAGGGUGCAUUGGUUGGUUCGUACAAGGGGACUUGCUACUUAUACAACACACAUGAUAACAAACUGCAGCAGAGAAAGGAAAUCAAUCUGAAGAACAAGAAAAAGAAAUCCAAUCACAAGAAAAUCACUGGUUUUCAGUUUGUGGCGGGAAGUUCAUCGGAAGUGCUCGUCACAUCUGCAGAUUCACGUACACGUGUUAUCGAUGGUGUUGACCUUGUUCACAAGUUUAAAGGGUUUCGGAACACGAAUAGCCAAAUCUCGGCCUCACUUACAUCAAACGGGAAAUAUUUAGUAUCAGCAAGCGAAGACUCUAACGUCUAUGUAUGGAACUACGAGUCAGACUCUCGAGCUGGGAGAAGCAAACGUGUCACGGUCACAAACUCAUACGAACACUUUUACUGUCGAGACGUCUCUGUGGCUGCACCUUGGCCCGGCAAACUUUUCACACCCAGUAAUAGCCCUCCAACACCUGUCAACGAUCCAACCAACAACAAAACCGGUAUCAUUUCGAGCGCCACAAACCGAUACUUCUUCGAUAGAGUCUCGGCGACAAGGCCGGAGGAGAAACUCUUGCUGGCUGCGAAGAACCGAGCCCGAACUAGCCCUCGCGUGAGCGUGGACAUGUCUAGUGCACAUGUUAACACAAAACCGAGUGCUUCAGCUUGGUCCAUGGUGAUUGUGACCGGCGGUUUACGAGGGGAAAUCAGAACGUUUCAGAAUUUUGGAUUACCGGUUCGUCUAUAA